AUCGGAUUGAAACUUAGCUCAAGACUUAAUUUUAUACGGAGCUCAUUAAUAAGUUUGUAUCGAUUUUCUUCAACAUCGUCUUUAGGUUUGAUACUUCAUCGAUCGGCCGUUGCUCUGUCGGGGCACUAAAUACGAUUUUUGGCGUCUCUUACAAGACACUAGUCCUGCGCCAUCUAAAGAGGCUGGUAAAGAUGUUGUCGAUUCUUCGAAAAGCACGGUUGAAGGAUAAGGAGAUGAGAAUCCUGAUGCUGGGCUUGGAUAAUGCAGGUAAAACGACGAUCGUCAAGAAGGUGAUGAAUGAGGAUGUCAACACCGUAAGUCCGACAUUGGGCUUCAUCAUCAAGACAAUUGACUACGAGGGGUAUAAAUUAAAUAUAUGGGAUGUCGGCGGCCAGAAGACACUUCGCUCAUACUGGCGCAACUAUUUCGAGAAGACAGAUGCUCUCAUAUGGGUUGUCGAUGCGACAGAUCGGUUGAGAAUCGACGAUUGCAGGGAAGAGCUUCACGGGCUGCUACAAGAAGAGCGUCUUUCGGGUGCAAGUUUACUGGUAUUCGCUAACAAGACCGAUGUGCAAGGAUGUAUGGACGAGAGUGAGAUUCUUCAAGGACUACAGCUCGAGGCUAUUCGGACACACCGAUGGCAUAUUCUGCGAUGUAGUGCCAUGACGGGACAGAAUCUCAAAGAGGGCCUGGCGUGGGUAGUCGAGGACGCAAAAGCGAGGUUAUUCUUGUAUUAACGAUUCUAUGAUCCUUUAAUAUGAAGAUAAAUCUCCGAUUAAGUGAUGUUGUGCUUGUGAUAUCAUAGCAUAAGAAUUAUAUGUGCGAAGGCAGCAUGGAUGGAACUUUGAAUAAUAUUAUUAGAGGUUUAACUGUAAACCCCCACACUGCCC